UUUUUGUAUUUGUGCGCGAGACACUCACAGCGUACCACGUCAGCGUCAUCCUCUUCUUCUUCUUCUUCCUCCUCGCGUCGAGCAGAGCAGAGCAUCCAUGAUGAUGCUCCAAUGGCACGGCGGCAAGCUCAACCUCCAACCACAGCCCCUCCCUCCGCCCGCCCCGCCCCCAUCAUUCUUCCCUCCCUCUUCUUCUUCCUCGCGCGCCCACAACCACCUCCUCCACUCCGCCAUCUCCCCCGCCCCGCAGCUCUCCCCCACCCACGACGGCGACGGCGACGAAAACGACGACGCUCUCCUGGCCCUCCUCCGCGCCGGCGACACGGACGCGGCCUACAAGCUCUUCGCCGCCUCCCCGACCCUCCCGGGCUCCCCCGCCGCGGCGUCCCGCCUCCUCGCGCAGCUCUCCUACACCUCCCCGCGCACCUUCCCGCGCGCCGCCGACCUCCUCCGCCGCCUCCGCGCCGAAGGCUCUCUCGGCCUCCUCGACGCCAACUCCCUCUCCCUCGCCGCCUCCGCCGCGGCCCGCUCCGGCCACGCGCGCCUCGCCUGCUCCCUCCUCCUCUCCAUGCUCCGCCGCGGCCUCCUCCCGGACCGCCGCGCAUACACCGCCGCCGUCUCCCGCCUCAGCCCGCCUUCCCGCGCGCUCCGCCUCUUCGACGCCGUCCUCCACCACCUCCGCCGCACCACCGACGCUCCAGCGUCGUCGCUGCCGGACACGGCCGCCUUCAACGCGGCGCUGAGCGCGUGCGCCGACGCCGGGGACUGCCGCCGCUUCCGCCGCCUGUUCGACGAAAUGCGCGCCUGGGGCGCCGCCGCGGAGCCCGACGUGGUGACAUACAACGUGGCCAUCAAGAUGUGCGCCCGCGCCGGCAGGAAGGACCUCGUCGCCCGCGUGCUCCCCCGGAUCCUCGCCGCCGGCCUCGCCCCCGACGCCACCACCUUCCACUCCAUCGUCGCCGCCUACGUCGGCCUCCGCGACAUCCCCGCCGCCGAGGCCGUCGUCCAGGCCAUGCGCGACCGCCGCGCCGACCUCUGCCUCCUGCUCCGCCAGCUCCCCUCAUCACCAUCAUCUUCUUCGGACGCGGACGAGCACAGCCAUGUCCUCGAGGACAUCGUCGUCGGGGACGACGGCCAAGGCACGGAGAAGGCGCCAUUGCUGCUGCCGAGGACGUACCCGCCGGACUCGAGGGUGUACACCACGCUGAUGAAGGGGUACAUGAACGCCGGCCGCGUGGACGACGUGGUGGCCAUGGCGCGCGCCAUGCGCCGCGAGGGGGAGACGAUGCCGGCGAGCAAGCCGGACCACGUCACCUACACCACGGUCAUGUCGACGCUGGUCGCCGCCGGCGACGUCGGCCGCGCGCACGCCCUGCUCGACGACAUGGCGGGCGCAGGGGUCCCGGCGAGCCGGGUGACCUACAACGUGCUCAUCAAGGGCUACUGCCAGCAGCUCCAGAUGAGCAAGGCCAGGGAGCUCCUCCAGGAGAUGAUGUCAGCUGACGGCGGCGGCAUCGAGCCCGACGUGGUGACAUACAACACGCUGAUGGACGGCUGCGUGCUGGCCGACGACAGCGCGGGCGCGCUGGCGCUGUUCAACGAGAUGCGGUCGCGCGGGGUGGCGCCGUCCACGGCGAGCUACACGACGCUGAUGAAGGCGUUCGCGGCGGCGGGGCAGCCGAGGGCCGUGCAGAGGGUGUUCGACGAGAUGGACAGAGACCCCAACGCGGCGCCGGACCGGGCGGCGUGGAACAUGCUGGUGGAAGGGUACUGCCAGCAGGGGCACCUGGAGUCGGCGAAGGCGGCGACGGAGAAGAUGAAGGAGCGCGGCGUGCAGCCGGACGUGGCGACGUUCGGCAGCCUGGCCAAGGGAGUGGCGGCGGCGAGGAAGCCCGGGGAGGCGCUGGUGCUGUGGGGCGAGGUGAAGGCGCGGCGCGACGCCGGCGAGCUGAGGCCCGACGAGGAGCUCCUGGACGCGCUCGCCGACGUCUGCGUCCGGGGCGCAUUCUUCAAGAAGGCCCUGGAGAUCGUGGCGUGCAUGGAGGAGAACGGCAUCGCGCCCAACAAGACCAAGUACAAGAAGAUCUACAUCGAGAUGCACUCCAGGAUGUUCACCAGCAAGCACGCGUCGCAGGCCAGGCAGGACCGCCGCCGGGAGCGCAAACGGGCGGCGGAGGCCUUCAAGUUCUGGCUCGGCCUCCCCAACUCUUACUACGGCAGCGAGUGGCGGGUCGGCCCCCUCGACAGCAACAGCGAAGACGACGAUGGCAACUACGAGUAGAGGCUUGUCUUUCUCUUCUGGUGAAAAUUUUGACAAGACUCGAGAUACUACUAUACAUACUGCUGCUGUUGUAACAUUUUUACCAUUGAAUGAACGAGUCGUUCAUUUCAACAUGUUGCUCGUUCGAUAA